GGCAUCGCGGGCGUAGGGUAUUCUCUGCGGGCGUACAGGCGGGGUUGUUUUUCGAGGUUGCGCCGGGUUUGCAUGCAGCUGCUGUUAACGGUCGCGCUUGCGCCCGGGCUUUGCUGACGUUGUCUGGCUUCUUGCAUUUGUUUGUGGAGUACCUGCGUAGCGCCAUACGUGGUACUAAUGCCCUUGGAGCCUCUAAGAAAGUCUUUCUCAACGUUGCUUCCGGUAGUCCACUAACUUGUCUUUUUCGCCUGUUUAGCGGCAGUGGGCGGCUGUUCCUCUACGUGCGGAGGACAAUAGCAAUGUGUAUGAUGGUGGAGCCGGUGGAGCUGCAGUCAGGUGGCUCUCCACCGUGA